AUGUCUCUUACCAUCAGGACUCUGUCCCGGUUUGCUGCCUCCUGCUCUGCUGAGCAGGUCUCUGUACAGUCGUCUCUUACCAUCAGGACUCUGUCCCGGUUUGCUGCCUCCUGCUCUGCUGAGCAGGUCUCUGUACAGUCGUCUCUUACCAUCACAACAUGGUACCGGAAAAACAGGCAGAGAGCACAUGGAGCAGAAGCAGGACAAUGCAGGGCCCCAGAGGUGAGCAGGGCCCCAGAGGUGCGCAGGGCCCCAGAGGUGCGCAGGGCCCCAGAGGUGAGCAGGGCCCCAGAGGUGAGCAGGGCCCCAGAGGUGAGCAGGGCCCCAGAGGUGCGCAGGGCCCCAGAGGUGCGCAGGGCCCCAGAGGUGAGCAGGGCCCCAGAGGUGAGCAGGGCCCCAGAGGUGAGCAGGGCCCCAGAGGUGCGCAGGGCCCCAGAGGUGCGCAGGGCCCCAGAGGUGAGCAGGGCCCCAGAGGUGAGCAGGGCCCCAGAGGUGAGCAGGGCCCCAGAGGUGAGCAGGGCCCCAGAGGUGCGCAGGGCCCCAGAGGUGCGCAGGGCCCCAGAGGUGAGCAGGGCCCCAGAGGUGCGCAGGGCCCCAGAGGUGCGCAGGGCCCCAGAGGUGAGCAGGGCCCCAGAGGUGAGCAGGGCCCCAGAGGUGAGCAGGGCCCCAGAGGUGAGCAGGGCCCCAGAGGUGCGCAGGGCCCCAGAGGUGCGCAGGGCCCCAGAGGUGAGCAGGGCCCCAGAGGUGAGCAGCUAACAGAAAGGUUAUUUCUGAUUUUGGGUUAGGACAGAUGCUACAUGAAAGAAAAAAAAACAUUUAUUUUUUGGUUAGGGAUCUUUUUAAAUUCACAAUCCCAAUGUUUUGUUUUAACUUUCUCAACUCUACUUCGCUAGUUCAUUAAUCGUUUCAUCCUCUACCUAUCAUUUUGAAACCUUCAGCGUGGUAAACAACUUGACUGUCCUGUCUCUGACUGGUCAUAUUGUCUCUGUCCUGUCUCUGCCUGGUCAUAUUGUCUCUGCCCUGUCUCUGACUGGUCAUAUUGUCUCUGCCCUGUCUCUGACUGGUCAUAUUGUCUCUGCCCUGUCUCUGACUGGUCAUAUUGUCUCUGCCUGGUCAUAUUGUCUCUGCCUGGUCUCUGACUGGUCAUAUUGUCUCUGUCCUGUCUCUGACUGGUCAUAUUGUCUCUGCCCUGUCUCUGACUGGUCAUAUUGUCUCUGCCCUGUCUCUGACUGGUCAUAUUGUCUCUGCCCUGUCUCUGACUGGUCAUAUUGUCUCUGCCCUGUCUCUGACUGGUCAUAUUGUCUCUGCCCUGUCUCUGACUGGUCAUAUUGUCUCUGCCCUGUCUCUGACUGGUCAUAUUGUCUCUGCCCUGUCUCUGACUGGUCAUAUUGUCUCUGUCUGGUCAUAUUGUCUCUGACUGGUCAUAUUGUCUCUGCCUGGUCAUAUUGUCUCUGCCCUGUCUCUGACUGGUCAUAUUGUCUCUGUCCUGUCUCUGACUGGUCAUAUUGUCUCUGCCCUGUCUCUGACUGGUCAUAUUGUCUCUGCCCUGUCUCUGACUGGUCAUAUUGUCUCUGCCCUGUCUCUGUCUGGUCAUAUUGUCUCUGUCUGGUCAUAUUGUCUCUGACUGGUCAUAUUGUCUCUGCCUGGUCAUAUUGUCUCUGCCCUGUCUCUGACUGGUCAUAUUGUCUCUGCCCUGUCUCUGCCUGGUCAUAUUGUCUCUGACUGGUCAUAUUGUCUCUGUCCUGUCUCUGCCUGGUCAUAUUGUCUCUGUCCUGUCUCUGCCUGGUCAUAUUGUCUCUGACUGGUCAUAUUGUCUCUGACUGGUCAUAUUAUCUCUGUCCUGUCUCUGACUGGUCAUAUUGUCUCUGACUGGUCAUAUUGUCUCUGACUGGUCAUAUUGUCUCUGUCCUGUCUCUGACUGGUCAUAUUGUCUCUGACUGGUCAUAUUGUCUCUGUCCUGUCUCUGACUGGUCAUAUUGUCUCUGACUGGUCAUAUUGUCUCUGCCUGGUCAUAUUGUCUCUGCCUGGUCAUAUUGUCUCUGCCUGGUCAUAUUGUCUCUGUCCUGUCUCUGCCUGGUCAUAUUGUCUCUGUCCUGUCUCUGACUGGUCAUAUUGUCUCUGUCCCGUCUCUGACUGGUCAUAUUGUCUCUGACUGGUCAUAUUGUCUCUGUCCUGUCUCUGACUGGUCAUAUUGUCUCUGACUGGUCAUAUUGUCUCUGUCCUGUCUCUGACUGGUCAUAUUGUCUCUGUCCUGUCUCUGACUGGUCAUAUUGUCUCUGACUGGUCAUAUUGUCUCUGUCCUGUCUCUGACUGGUCAUAUUGUCUCUGUCCUGUCUCUGUCUGGUCAUAUUGUCUCUGACUGGUCAUAUUGUCUCUGACUGGUCAUAUUAUCUCUGUCCUGUCUCUGACUGGUCAUAUUGUCUCUGACUGGUCAUAUUGUCUCUGCCUGGUCAUAUUGUCUCUGCCUGGUCAUAUUGUCUCUGCCUGGUCAUAUUGUCUCUGUCCUGUCUCUGCCUGGUCAUAUUGUCUCUGUCCUGUCUCUGACUGGUCAUAUUGUCUCUGUCCCGUCUCUGACUGGUCAUAUUGUCUCUGACUGGUCAUAUUGUCUCUGUCCUGUCUCUGACUGGUCAUAUUGUCUCUGACUGGUCAUAUUGUCUCUGUCCUGUCUCUGACUGGUCAUAUUGUCUCUGUCCUGUCUCUGACUGGUCAUAUUGUCUCUGACUGGUCAUAUUGUCUCUGUCCUGUCUCUGACUGGUCAUAUUGUCUCUGUCCUGUCUCUGUCUGGUCAUAUUGUCUCUGACUGGUCAUAUUGUCUCUGACUGGUCAUAUUAUCUCUGUCCUGUCUCUGACUGGUCAUAUUGUCUCUGACUGGUCAUAUUGUCUCUGACUGGUCAUAUUGUCUCUGCCCUGUCUCUGCCUGGUCAUAUUGUCUCUGUCCUGUCUCUGACUGGUCAUAUUGUCUCUGACUGGUCAUAUUGUCUCUGACUGGUCAUAUUGUCUCUGACUGGUCAUAUUGUCUCUGUCAUGUCUCUGACUGGUCAUAUUGUCUCUGACUGGUCAUAUUAUCUCUGUCCUGUCUCUGACUGGUCAUAUUGUCUCUGCCUGGUCAUAUUGUCUCUGUCAUGUCUCUGACUGGUCAUAUUGUCUCUGACUGGUCAUAUUGUCUCUGACUGGUCAUAUUAUCUCUGUCCUGUCUCUGACUGGUCAUAUUGUCUCUGACUGGUCAUAUUGUCUCUGACUGGUCAUAUUGUCUCUGUCCUGUCUCUGACUGGUCAUAUUGUCUCUGACUGGUCAUAUUGUCUCUGACUGGUCAUAUUGUCUCUGCCUGGUCAUAUUGUCUCUGCCCUGUCUCUGACUGGUCAUAUUGUCUCUGCCUGGUCAUAUUGUCUCUGUCCUGUCUCUGACUGGUCAUAUUGUCUCUGACUGGUCAUAUUGUCUCUGUCAUGUCUCUGACUGGUCAUAUUGUCUCUGACUGGUCAUAUUGUCUCUGACUGGUCAUAUUGUCUCUGUCCUGUCUCUGUCUGGUCAUAUUGUCUCUGACUGGUCAUAUUGUCUCUGUCCUGUCUCUGACUGGUCAUAUUGUCUCUGUCAUGUCUCUGACUGGUCAUAUUGUCUCUGACUGGUCAUAUUGUCUCUGACUGGUCAUAUUGUCUCUGUCCUGUCUCUGACUGGUCAUAUUGUCUCUGCCCUGUCUCUGACUGGUCAUAUUGUCUCUGACUGGUCAUAUUGUCUCUGCCCUGUCUCUGCCUGGUCAUAUUGUCUCUGUCCUGUCUCUGACUGGUCAUAUUGUC